CGAGUUCCCCUCUCUUCCUGUAUCCUACGGCCUAAGCGCGUGCGUCUUGACCCGCCUCCUUGUUGCCGCUGCUGAGCGCGCAGUUAAGCGCUCCUCUGUCCGUGUGCUGUCACCGCUCAUCAUUUAGUCCACCAUGCCGCGGGUCCGGCGCUGUCAUCUGAAAUGAGGCGGUGUGGUGUGUCGUAUCGGACGGACUCCCUGACACUGCGCACUUUCUCUUCUUCGUCCCUGCGGAAGAUGGUGGCUGGUGGCUAAUUCCAACUUCUUACUCCUUGGAGGUCCCUUCUGCCCCCCCUCGCCUGAAGCGCACUGAAAUCAGUUGAGUUCCUGAAAUGACAGAAGUGGAGCCAGUGCUGGACUUUGCCUCCUCGGGGCGCUCAGGGAGGAGAAAUGCCCUGCCUGAUAUCCUGGGCUCUCCAGCAGGUGUAAACCCUGGUGACUUGCCUCUGAAACUGGCUGAGCUAUCGCUAAAAGAUGGUCCGGGAGGGGCUCAGUCACCCACAGCAGAGGAGCCACCGGCACCGCCAGAGAGCUCAGAUGGAAAAGAGGGAUCAUAGGGACUCGUUUAUUUACCUCCCCGGAGGCCUACAGAGAUAACCUGAGAGAGGAUGAGGAACGAGGCAGAGGGCGACCUAUGGGAGAAUGAGUGAUGAUCUGUGGAGAGUCACACCGUUUGCAAUGCAGCUGAGCCACGUAGGGAGGGUGAUGGACCCACUCCCAAAGGACUGGAGCCAAGAGCUUAGGACUGUUUUGGUACUUUCUAAAAAGAGUCAGACGUCACCUAGUUCUGAACCACACAGUGUGUGCACGUGUGCAUAUAUGCAUAAACGCGGAUACGCUACAUUGGGAAUCAAAAGGACAAUGACCGAUUGUGUCCUGUACACUCUUUACUACUAUUUUUCUAUGAUUUAUUUAAAACUAAAGAAAAAAGGAACUUGUGAGUCAAAAUGUAACGCACCAUUUUCCUUGCAUUUCCUGCAGAUCUCUGUUUUGUAGCCCUGCGUGUUCUUUGACAGUAGUUUAACUGCAGCCUGUAGUGGCUCGAUCCUUUUUAACUCAUUACACGACUUAAGAAAACUGGGAUAUGUGUUAUCUGGCUCAUUUAUGCUUUUUACACUAAAUGUGUAUGAUCUACUGUGCAUUUUCAAAUGAGUCUAUAACUACACUGCAGUUGUACAGUUUGUAUCCUUCAUCACCAGACUGUUUUAACCAUAACAGCAACCAGGGACUCUGCACUUUUUAGGGGUGAUUUGGUGCAAGGUGAUGAUAUGGCAUCCAAAUAAAGUGGAGUCCAUAUCUUGAAACAUUCCUUUAGAGAAUAGUUUCCCACUGCCAACACUACUUCAUUAUAAUACUGAGAGAAAAAUUAACAUUUUCUUUUGUUUUUGUUUUAUUGUUUUGUUUUUCAAAGUCUCUUCAUUUUCCAAAUAUCUGAAAAUGUGCCUAGUGGCAGUUUACAACUAAAGUGGGUGUUGUGUUCUUUCUCUGUGAGGUACUGUUAUUGCAAAUUUUGGGGCUAUUGAUAUUUCCUCAGUUUUAAUAGGAGGUAACGUUAAAAAAACCCAUUUGAACUACUUGGACUGUGGAUGAAAGAAGAAAACACUGGCCGUAAAAUCCAUGUGGACAACCAGAUUUCAAUUUGCAGCAAAAUCAAGUGUGGAGGGUUUUUGUUGGGGGUUUUUUGUCUGCAGUGACAGCAGCAUACGCUUGGGCACGGGAGCAAGCGUUAAGAAAUGCCGCAACCUCCACAAUGUGUUUCGAGUGCUGAAAAUGGCAGCAGUUCCCCUUCUGUCUCGCUCGCACAGAGAAAAGUCUGUUCGCACUCAUCAACACAUGAGCAGAACUGUGAAUAGGACGCGAGCUGGAGAGUGAGAAACAACAGCAAGAGUUCACACUUUGCCAGCUAUCCCCUCUCUGCUACUGUACAUAUACUAUAUUGUAGUAAAAUCCAUGUGUGUCAUACAUGCUGCUUGUAUGAUUACCGGACUGUACCCACAAACAAAAGGUGUUUUGUAAUUGUCUCUAUUUGAAGAUGUGUUGACUGGUGGCCUGUCUUUAUGUGGAUGUGUUUCACAAAUGCAACAAGGAAAACCUGACGUGCUGCUGCCCAGUCUGUUUUUUUUCCUUCUUUUUUUUUAUUUUUUUUAUGCUGUACUGAUAAAGUGUCUGUGGUCUGUCUGAAGCUGAUCAACACAUUUUAAGAGACCGAUGAAUCAGAGGUGUAUGUUGUAGUGUCCUGGUGCAUAUGUUUUACUUAGCUGGAUUGAAUCCUUUAUGUUGAUUCUAUCUGGUGGUGAAAAUUGCCAUAUUAAAUCUCCAAGCUUUACCUACA